AUGUCAAAGUACAAUAAUAAAAAGCAUCGUACUAUUGGUAUGAAACCCAAAGAUGUCACCGUAGAAGAUACAAGAGAACUAAAGGAUAUACUCCCAACUGGACAACCGACAACGGAAAUAUUUACUGUGGAAAAAGUUAAAUCGACAAAACCAGUUACAUAUAAGCUGAAAGAUUAUCAAAAUCAACCCAUUGAAGGUGGUUUCUAUGAAGAAGAAUUUCUGAAAAUCCAAUAUACAGAUGUUUACCUCGUAGAAAAAGUUCUCAAGACUCGUGGUAAUGAUGUAUACGUGAAAUGGCUUGGAUUCGAUAGCUCACACAAUAGUCGGAUAAAAAAAUCUGAUAUGUAA